GGCGGAAUGUUUCGGCUUCCAGAUGAGCCGCGCUGCGGGCGCGCGGGGCGGCUUAGUUCGUAUCAAAUAAUAGAAACGAUGUGCAGGGACGCGCAGCGCUGUGGCAGGGGCGUGUCCGCCAUCUUGUGUAAAGUGGCGCCUUAACGGCAGCUGUCGCUUCGAGCGGAGACCGAGGCGGGAUUGCGUUAAAAUGGCCGUUAAUGGCGGGACUCAAAAGACAUCUCUGUGUUUUUAUGUCACUUUUCGUCCGGUUCGGACCCGCUGUGGACCGAAACCCAGAGCCGCUGUGUUCGUGUCUUCUGCCCGGGCUCCGGCAGGUCAUGUCAUUCUGACGAGCAGCUGCGAUGUCCAAUGACAGCCAGGUAUCCGUGAAAGGGGAGGUGGCCAUCAUGCCGUCUCCCUCUGGCUCCGCCUCUUCUCAAGAACCGCCCCUUUCUCCGUCCACCGCCUCUAAACCACCUGAGCUCCCAGAUGAACUGGUCCAGGCCGGCUGGUCUAAGUGCUGGUCUCGGAGGGAGAACCGGCCCUAUUAUUUCAACAGAUUCACCAAUCAGAGCCUGUGGGAGGUGCCAGCGCUCGGUCAGCAUGAUGUCAUCUCUCUCUCUCUCUCUCUCUGUCUGUCUCUCUGUCUGUCUCUCUCUCUGUCUCUCUGUCUGUCUCUCUGUCUCUCUCUCUGUCUCUCUCUGUCUCUCUCUCUGUCUGUCUGUCUCUCUGUCUGUCUGUCGGUCUGUCUGCAGUCUGAUCCCUUAGGUCUGAACGCGCCUUCAGCAGACGGCGGAGACAGUAACGGUCAGAGGAAGAGGAGGAUGUCUGAGGAGCAGGGGGCGGGGCCUAACAGCAUCAAGAGAGUCAAGGCGGAGCCCACCACCCCCAUCUCUCCCAGCACCCCCGGGGCCAAACCCUGGAACUCCGCCCCCGAGGACAAACCGGCCCAAGCGGCGACGCCCACAACUCCAAGUCCCGCUCCCGCCUCUGCCCCCGCCCCCGCCGUAUACAGGCCAGCUGUUAUCUACUGGGACCUGGACGCCCAGACCAACGCGGUGAUCCGAGAGCAUCCUCCCACCAACCACCUGCCCCCCCACCCGGAGAUCGAGCUGCAGAGAGCUCAGCUGGUCACCAAGCUCCGGCAGCACUACCACGAGCUGUGUCACCAGAGAGAAGGCAUCGACCCGCCCCGGGAGUCCUUCAACCGCUGGCUGCUGGAGAGGAAGGUGAUCGACAAAGGUCACGACCCCUUGCUUCCGAGCGACUGCGAGCCCGUCAUCUCCCCGUCCAUGUUCAGAGAGAUCAUGAACGACAUUCCCAUCAGGUUGUCGCGCAUCAAGUACAAAGAGGAGGCCCGUAAACUGCUGUUUAAAUAUGCCGAAGCCGCCAAGAAGAUGAUCGACUCCAGGAAUGCGAGUCCGGAGAGCCGGAAGCUGGUGAAGUGGAACGCUGAAGACACCAUGAGCUGGCUGCGCAGAGAUCACUCUGCCAGCAAAGAGGACUACAUGGACCGUCUGGAGCACCUGAGGCUCCAGUGUGGUCCUCACCUCACCGCCGUGGCCAAAGACUCUGUGGAGGGGAUCUGCUCCAAGAUCUACCAGCUGUCUGCCGAGUACAGCCGUCGGUUGAGACAGACACACCUGAGUCUACUCCAGGACCCCCCCACAGGUACACACACACACACACACACACACAAACUUGAGUCUCCUCCAGGACCCCCCCACAGGUACACACACACACACACACACACACACCUGAGUCUCCUCCAGGACCCCCCCACAGAGGCCAGUGCGUCCCCCCAGCAGUCCCGGCUGGUCUACUGUUACCCGGUGCGUCUGGCCCUCCCCUCGCCGCCCCUCCCCCGCGUGGAGCUGCACUUUGAGAACGACGUGGCGUGCCUCCGCUUCAGAGGAGAGAUGGUCAAGGUCAACAGAGGUCACUUCAGCAAACUGGAGCUGUUGUACAGGUACAGCUGUAUAGACGACCCUCGCUUCGAGAAGUUCCUCUCCAGAGUCUGGUGCCUCCUCAAGAGAUACCAGGUGAUGUUUGGCAGCGGCGCUAACGAGGGCACCGGCCUGCAGGGGGCGCUGCCGGUGCCGGUGUUCGAGGCGUUGAUCCGACAGUUCGGCGUUUCCUUCGAGUGUUUCGCCUCGCCGCUCAACUGCUACUUCAAACAGUUUGGCUCCGCCUUCCCAGACACCGACGGCUUCUUCGGCUCCAGAGGACCGUUCCUGUCUUUCUGUCCAGUCAGCGGCUCGUUUGAGGCCAACCCUCCGUUCUGUGAAGAGCUGAUGGACACCAUGGUGACGCACUUUCAGGCGCUUUUGGAGAAGUCCUCCGAGCCGCUGUCCUUCAUCGUCUUCGUCCCCGAGUGGCGUGACCCCGUGACCCCGGCGCUGACCCGCAUGGAGGCGAGCCGGUUCCUCCGUCACCAGCUGAACAUCCCGGCCUUCGAACACGAGUAUCGCUCCGGGAGCCAGCACAUCUGCAAGAGGUACCGCCGCCGAGCGCCCGCCGUGCCGGUGUCCGUCCCCGCGUGUGAACUCUGUGUACUUUGUGUACUUGUGUGUACUUCCAGAGAGGAGAUGUACUACCGGGCGGUCCACGGCACCGCGGUGCUCUUCCUUCAGAACGACGCCGGUUUCGCGAAGUGGGCGCCGACGGCGGAGCGUCUGGCCGAGCUGAUGGUGGCGUACCGCCCCUCCACCGCCCGCCCCUCCCCCAGCCCCGCCCCCAUUACCCCCGGAGACAAAGACUCCGCCCCCAAGGCGGCUGACAGGACGCAGGGCGAGGUGCUGUCACCUGGUGGCCAUGACGAUAACAACAACAGCAACACCACCAACGACAGCGGCAACAACAACAACAACAACAACAGCAGCAGUGCUGGUAGUACGAGUAGCAGCAGCAGUAGCAGCACCAGUCCUCAAGAAAAGAUGGCCAACGUCUAAAUGGGGCGGGGCUUGUAUUGUGAGCACGCCCCUUGACCCGUGUAAAGUGUAUCUGUUUUUUGAUUGUUGUCUCUUCAGAUUGUCCCUCACCAGCACCUGUAGCAUCUGUCCACAUACCCACAAUGCCGUUCUGGACCAACGACCCCCCCGCUCACAUCAGCUCUUCUGAUUGGUCAAAGCUCUGACAUCACAGCUUCUGGAGCUUUUCAUUCGCCUGCAGCCGAGUCACCUCAAAGAAGAUGAGCUCAGCAAUAAUAAUAAAAUGUUCCACUCACCUGUGAUGUCACCCGUUGGAAGACUUCUGAUUGGUCGCCCCCCGACGGGGCUUGGUGAUUGGUUGACGAGGCAGCUAUCGUUUCUUUCGGACUUUCGUCUUUCCCUCAAUCGAGUUGGAAAGAGACUUCAGGCCCCGCCUCCUCCGCACGGUCUGACCAGUCGCUGCGCGUCCGGUCUGCGGUGCAUUGUGGGAAACUUAUCGCAUAUGAAUCGGCGGGGCGUUUGCAGGGUGAAGGAGGCGGAGUCAGAACUGGUCGGCGGUGACUUCCUGUGGUGUUGUUGGCAAGCAGGAAGUGAGCAGAGACGUGGCGGUGCUGGACCAGGUGGAGGUGUGACCCGGCCGUUGUUCUCCUCGUUUACUUUCUCUCUAAAUAUUUUUCUUCUCACGUCAACUUUUUAAAAAAUGAAUUCAGACCUUUUCUGGAAAUGUCUCUUUAUUUCUUUUCUUUUUAUAUUCUCCUCUUCAUAACACUUUAUUUACUUUGUAUGAUUUUUUGUUUUUGUCAAAAAAAUAUGUAUUUCAGUUUAAUAAUCGAUAUUCAGUGUAGGGUUGAACGUGUUUACGAAAAACAAAAACGCCUCACCCCGAUGGACGUGGAGCAGGAACUGGACCGCCAAGACGCCGCCUAUUUGUUAUUUUAUUUUGAAGGCAUGUGAGAGACCCCAAAAAUGUUAUCCCACUCUAAAUAUGCGCAAAAGUGUCUCUCCAUCUGUAUCCGCCCACAAAUACCAGCUCCGCCCACAUACUUUGCAUAAUGAUGACAUCAUCAUCAUUAUUGUCUCUUACAGAUCCUUAAAUAGAAAGGCGGAUCUUACCGGCGCCCCUUUUCCUGGUGAGGGUCUUCGGCUGCGUCCAGUUCUUAUUACACAUCCAGUCCGUCCUCUGAUUGGUCGACGGGUCGUCCAAUCGGGCACCUGUCUCCGUGCGACACCAGUUUCUGCCCCCCGGCCGUGUAGAUACUGUACAGUUGAACUGAUAUGAAGUCUUGAUGUUAUUUUUCCUCAUCUGCUGUUUUAAAAAUUGAUUGGAGAAAAAAAAGAAGGAAACUGAUUUUUUUGUAUUUUACAGCUCACGAUAGUUUGUUUUGAACUAAAAACCAAAGUGUUAUUAAGGAAAAUAUAUAUCUUGUAUGUAAAAGUAGACGUGUGUAUGCAUCAGUAAUGCUGAAGUCCAGCCGGCAGAAUAAUCCACAUUAUUUUUAUAAUUCUCUUUUCAGUCUUUUUUUUUUUUAAGGUUAUUUUAGGGUAUUCUUUUUGUGCAUGAACCGUUCUCGGGCUCUAAACGACGUUCAUAAUUCUGAAUUAGUUAUUUGGGGCCUUUCUAGUUUUAGCCGGUCAGGAUUUUCUUUUAAGGGAACAGUCCAAUGUUUCGGUAUGUUGUGUUUUACUGUUUUAUGGCGCCACGCUAGCAGUUUCCACCCGUUUAAGGUCUUUGUGCUAAGCUAGGCUAAUGGCGGACUGUCCCUUUAAAUUAUUCCUGGAAAGCCAGAAACUCCUGCGGUGCAAAUUGGAGAUGUUUUUAUUGUAAUUAAGAUGAAUAUUUCUCUCGUAGUUGCAAUUAAUUUGAUUAGUUUUCUCGUCUUUAUGGCUUCUGCGUUUCAUAAUUUCAAAGAAACACAAUUUUUAUAAUUUGUAUAAAAUAAUUACAAAAUAGAAUUCUUGUAGUUGCGAGAAACUCAUACUCGCGAUACCUUUUAAUAUCGAGAUUUUUUUAUCCCAAAACAUUUGUCCUUGUUUUACUUAGAGCUCCGUAUCUAAUAAAUACAACGUCAACAUCUUGUAUUUAUUAGAUAACGGUCUCGUCGCUCCGCAUUUAAUAUUGAUCACAAAAGAUUUCAUGACAUUUCUUGUAUUUGUGACAUCCGUAGAUAAAAUGUUUUAAAUUAUAAUUACGAAAACUUUUUCUGUUUUCUGACGUACACAUAUUAUAAUCACGGUGAGAUAAAUUAACGACUAUCGAGCUCUAAUGACAAAUAACUGACUAAUUACACAAUGUUUUUGUUCUUUAUAGUUAUUUCGAGAUCGUUUGGGCUUUGAUUAAAUCGCGCCUUGUGAUUAUAAACGUAUAAAACAGAAGUCGUGAUUACAAGUCGACGCCCACACGUUGUUUUGCUGUUUCUCUCGAGGUGGGAACCGGUGAGUUUUGUGUUUCCUGUAGAUUCGGUGAAACCGCUCUGGUCUGGCCGGAGGAUGUAAAUACAGCUUCACUCUCCCAGUAAAACAUAUCCAACCCAGUUA